AACUGGCAGAGUUCAAGAUUGAUAUCUAAGCUGGGGUAAAGUUAAGCAACGAUCAAUUAAAUAUGUAUCAUUGUGGACAUAUACAUACUAUACUGACAAGAAAGUGAUCGUUUGUGGUCAUCCCUAGUGUGUAUCGUUGUGGACAUACAUAUUAUAAACUCCAUCAAUUAUGUAUAACUUUCUCUUGACCACUUAAUAUCAAGGCUGGGGAAGUUUGUCAACGAGGUGCGAACUUGAAGGGUCACCUCAACCACUACAGACUUGGUUCUACGAGAAAUUCCACAUUGAUCGUACCAUUUUCUAUUUUCAACAUGACAAGCCGCUUAUCCUAGAUUGUAACGAAGCAAAAGUGGGCAAGGUUGACAAAAUAAUCUCAGAGAACUACGAAUGAGAUUGAGAGAUGGUUGAGGACCUCAUGCGACCUUGGAAGACAUUGCCUAAGGUUUCUCAUCAGCCUUCGAAGAUGUUUUUUAUGUUAAAACUAGUUCUUUCUAAAUACCUUUUUUUUAAACUGGUUCUAAUUUUUCUUAACUUGUAGCUUGAUGGGACACUAGCCUGCCUAGUGGCCUAGAUGAUAGAGAUGAAAGUAAUUAUAUCUCCGCAACAUUCGGAGAUGUCUCCACAACUAGAUGAGUAGUACGGUACCAGAAGAAAACCAACAUGCAUUUGGAGGAUCUAAUUUCUCAAUUCAACGUAAGCAUUUGUUUUUAUUAUAAUUCAUUCUUCCAAAUAAGUGCAUGACUAACAUCUUUAUUAAAAGGACCAUCGAUUUGGCGUAUGACACAACAACUUUGAUGCGGCAAAGAGUUAACAAAGAAAUCAAGCUAGUUAUGUCACAAAAUUUGUAACUUAUCUCUUCAUGUCACGAAAUGUAUGCUGACCAUUUAUCUUUUGAACGUACAAAUUAGAGAACUUCAAAAAAUGUAGUCGCUUCCCUAGCAAGAAUGGUAUGAAGUUCCAUAUUGCUUGCAUGUUUUUCUUUCCCAACCAUACAACUAACUUCCGUUCAUCUGUAAAAUAAAUAUCCAUGGACCACCAAAGGGCAAAACUGAGAGGAUGUUGUGUAAUCAAUUGGGAACUGUUUCAGGUAUGGCAACAAGACUUACCGGCAGAAUAUGAGGUCAGCAUGCACACGUCUCGUAAAUUUGUUGACCUCAGAUUCUGCUGGUAAGUUUUUACUGUCAUCACACGUGAAACGCUUCCCAAUUGAUUCCACAGCGUCGUGUCUGUCAGUUCUCCCCGGUCCAUAGAUGUUUGAUUUACCUUCUGUAAAGAUGGACACAAGUUAGCUCUUGGUUGAAAAAAGAAUGUGCUAGCAAUAUGGAACUUCAUACCUCAAAUUUUGUUGCUAAGUUUUUGCUGGGGUGCUGUAGACACACUUUGGAACUUCAUUUGUAGAAGCGGCUACAUUUUUUGAGGUUUCUAGUUUGCACGUUCAAAAGAUAAAUGAUCAGCAUACAUUUUGGGACAAGAACAGGAAAAUUAUAAAUUUUAUGACAUGAUUACGUUGAUUUCUUUGUCAACUCUCUUUCCCGCAUCAAAGUCUGGUUGUGUCGUAUGCCAAAUUGAUGAUCUUUAUAAUAAAAAGAUGUUAGUCAUGCACUUAUUUCAAAGGAUGAAUUACAAAAAAACAAAUGCGUACGUCCAAGCGCACGAUGAUUUCCUUCUAGCGUCAUACUAUUCUGCCAGUUGUGUAGACGUCAACGAAUGUUGCUGAGACAUAAUUGCUUUCAUCUCUGCCAUAUGGGCGACUAGGCGGCCUAGUGUCCCAUUGAGCUACAAGUGAAGAUGAAUUAUAACUGUUAUUUAAAAAAAUAUAUUUAGAAAGAAUUAGUUUCGGCCUAAAAAACAUUACUGGCUAGCAUCAUUCUACAAGUUAUAUAACACGUACCUCCAUAGUUGACUUUGAAGAUUGAUGAGAAACCUCUGGCAGUGCCUUCAAGGUCGCAUGAGGGGAAGGGAGAUCCUGUCUAGUUUUUCUCGUGUGUUCGAACCAGUCUCUAUGCAUUGCAUUUCACCACUUCACAGGGGUAAGACUUGGUUCCCUACAAUCUCUCCCAGACUCUACCUUGUGGGAGCUUAUAUGCACUUGGUCUGUCCUUUUGAGGGUCUGCCCUUUUGAGGAUUUGGUGAUGGGCAUAGAAAAACAUCACCUAUGGAUGAGCUGCCUUGGCUAAAGCCUUAGCCUAAGCUGAAAGCUACUCUUCCUAAUGGAUGAGUCCUCCUUUUGUGAAACAUGUUCUUGCUGGCCUUUGCUUGUACUAACUAAUGCAUCUAUUCUUUGCCCCCAUCAAAGUUUAUUGGGUAUUACAUCCUCUGUAACAAAAUGUAUGACGUUUUUUAUGCCCUAUGCAAAACCAAAAAAACGCCUUACAUUUUGGUACAUAUAAGUUGAUAUUGUUCUUCAGGUUGAUCAAGCGUAAAAUAGACGUAGGGACUAACUAAAUGGCCCGUAUAUGGAUGGAAGGAAGGAGUCUGACGAAAGCUUAAUUAGCAUGUGGAAGUCUGAACAAGAAUUCUGUCCUAAGUUCUCCCGUUGUAAAACAUGUUCUUCCUGGCCUCUACUUGUCCUCCCCUGACAAACUCCCGCCUCCCUUGACAAGCUCAUGCCGCCGUGAGCGUGGCAACGGCAUUCUGACUACAUCUGAUGAUGGCUACAUGAAUGCCGCGUGUGAUAGGAUCAAGAUCUCUUUAUCUAUGGCAUGACAAGCUAGAUAGAUUGUUGUCCGUACUAACAUCUACACCCUUUAUUCCUAAAUAUAAGAUGUUUGGUUGUAUGAACAGUUGAUAAUUAGUUUAUGGACUAGCGGAGUCUCUUUGCACCGUUGUUCUAUGCAGGGAGGGAGAUAUAAACGUGAUUGGUUUAUUCAUACUUGAGCUAGCAUUUUCAAAUACUAUGAAAUAAAAUUUGCAAAUACUUAGAAAAAGAAAAUUACAGCCACUUGUGUCGUAACCGCAGCCCAAACAAACGAGGCCCAAGUAUGCUAGAAGCUAACUUAACCUUAGCGAAAGGUAAAGAAGCGUGCUCUUCCCGGUUAUCCUUUUGUAGGACAUGUUCUUCUGCCUGGCCUUUUGCUUUGUGGUCCUAGCCACUGACAAAUGCAUCUGUUCUUUGCCCAUCACAUAGUUCUGAGAAUAUAUAAAGACCUGCUGCCUUCUUGGUUGUGGCAGUGACGCGCGCACGAAAGCAUCGAUCUUUGUCGUGCGCAUAUAUUUCCCAGGGUGCAGCAGCAGGAUUCUUUCAUGCACCGUAUGGUACGGGCGGACGAUGUAUGCAUGCUCUCAAACCAGAGAAAAAGCCCAUGGUUUAUUCCCAGGUGAUUCUAAUGAUCUUUGUGGUCAUGUGGUCGUGUUUUGUUCUCAGUCAUGAUAUAGUUCUAACGUAGUAAAUUGUAUGAUGAUGAACCUUCCCAUUAUGCUGGACAUGCAAUGUGCCUUUGUUUUCCAUCAAGUAUGUGGUUUUGCAUGUUGACAUCAUUGGACGAUGUUCUUCUCAACCGAAACCUUAGAUCUUUGCCGUCGUGUCGCGCCAAAAACCUGCACGUGCCCAUUCAUAUGGACCAAAAGAGGGGCGAUAUGUACGAGAAGUCAUGUUUUUGGAGGGAACGUGGCGAAGCCCUAUUAGCCCCGAGGGGAAAUGCCUAGCACCAAACACUUGUUUUGACAUCGCGCAUUUUCAGAGCAACAUUUUCUAAAUUGUUUCCAUCAUACUAACUUUGAAAUUGGACAUUUUCAAAGCAGGAUUUUAUAACUAGUUCUCAAAAUAUAAGUACACCGUAGGACGGAUGCUCUUCCUAGCCCCUUUGCUUGUCGAUCGUCCAAUUCUGAGAAUAAUUAAAGACCCGGCUUUGUACAUGGAGAAGUGCCUAGGAAUCGAUGCUGCCCAAGGCUUUGUGCACACUGCACACAGGGAGCAUCGAUCCGUGCCUUGCCUCUUGCUCUGGCUGAAAUUCUGUCCCACAUUGUGGCACACGCAUACCAAAACUAGCAGUAUAAAUACCACAGACAUAUCAGCACAAUGCAGCACACAUGCACCAUUCAGCAUCACCAUCAGCUUCUUGCUAAGGGCAGGGGGACAGAGGCAUGGUGCUGCUGUCGCCGGUGAGCCACGCUGCCGCGGCAAUGUACAACUCCAGCGCCCGGCGCGACAUCAUCAUCAACAACGUCACGGUGUGCGCCACCCCGGCUGCCACGCUGGUGGCCAGCUUCACGGUGUCCGCCGACAUGCGCACCACCGAGCGGCUCAUGGUCACCACCACGGUCCUCAUGACCCUGCUCGGGACCGCCCUCUUCCUCCUUGGAGUUUCGGGACGCCUCUCGGGCCGGGGCCGCGGCCACUCUACCGCCACCCGCAUCUUCUUCCGCGCCUCCUUCGCCCUCUUCCUCCCCUUCAUGUCCUACAUGUUCUCCCAGGCCAAGAGCAAGCCACCCGACACCGGCAACCAGCCCCGCGCGCAGCUCAUUCUCCUCUGGAUGAUCCUCGUAGAGCUCCUCCGCAAGAAGGUGUACGCCAUGGUUGCCCCCGCCACUGAUGCCUUCGCGCGUGGCGUCGGCCGCUAGAGCUUCUUUGAUGCCGUCGAGGAGGCUGCACGCAUGGCGUGGAUUGGGUACCUCAUCUACACCUAUGUGCAUGGCUUUGGCGUCAAGUCAUUCUUCAUCAUCCUCUGGAUCUUCAGCGUCGUCAAGAUGUGCAAGCGUUCCAUGUGCAUCUACCUUGCUAAGCGCUCCUUCGACCUCGCAAAGAACGCUGCCCUCGUCUCCGGCUACAUGGUGCAGCUCGUCAACAAGGGCCGGCAAUUGCUCCACGAUGACGAACAUGCAGUUGGCGCUGGUAUCAUGAGGGCUUGCAACUACGCGGUUAUGGGAGAGAGACGGCUCAAGAGGGAGGUGACGCCCCAUGGCUUCAAGAUUCAAGAAGAAGAAAUGAACAAAAUUCUCCUUGGAGAUGGAAGUCCAAAUGGGAAGGAAGAGGCCAACAAGUCCGAGCUGGUCCGGGUAUGUAACAUAUGGGACCUCGCCAAUAGUGACCCCAUCUUCAGGUACAAUUUGAGCAGGAAGCACAAGUUGGAGAACAUUUGCCUUGCCGUCGCACUCUUCAAGCUCCUCCGACGAAAGAUGGAGCACUUCCACAUGGCAGAGGCAGACACCCCACAAGCACGCGAUCUAGUCCUCCGGGGCCUUCUCGCCCUCGAGGGGCACGAGGACGAGGUUGCCAAUGCUGAGAGGGCUUUCCAGGUGGUGGAACUAGAGCUGAGGUUUCUCGACGAGUACUACCAGGCCAUCAUCCCGUUGGCAUUGUCCAAGCCGGGGCUAUUCAUAGCCAACUUCAUCAUCUCCAUCGUCUUCAUUUUUUUGUACUGCAUCACCGUGCUCCUCGUCACAGGCAAUGGCCACAUCUUCAAGGUGCUAGGCUCCCUCUUUCGGGGGCUCAUCGGCCUGUCCAUCGACAUGGUGGUGCAGUACAAGUGCUUCGUCCACCAAGUGAACUUCCUCUUCGGCAUGGUUUGCUCCUCCUCCGACCUCAUCAUCACCUUCCUCCUAACGCUCACCCUCCUUGCCGUCGAGACAUAUGAAUUCUUGCAGUAUGUGCUCUCUGAUUGGUUCAUUGUGUCCGUAAUGUACACCUAUGCCCGAAAGACAGUGCUCCAACAGAAGGGGCAUGCCGGGAGGGUCGUCAAGGGCACCCUAUGGGCGAAGCACCGCUCUCACGCCGUCAUCAAGGUCCACCAGAUCACCAUGCUCAAGCUCCACUACCUCGACCCGCAUUGGGUGUGGAUGCUCGUUUCCCGCCUGCUCAAGAGGCGCCUCGUCGGGCUCCCCGAUGCCAUCGUCACCGGUGACACAAAGAUGGCCAUCGUCAAGGCGUUGAAGGACGUCCUCACCCCAAGCUGCGGCAGACACUUCAGCAACGGCAUGGCUACGUUGGAAAGGCAACGCUUCCUUAACCUCAAGUGGGCGUGCGACCCCAAGAUGAGCACCGCAACAAUGAUAGUGGUGUGGCACAUCGCGACAGCCCUAUUUGAGAUGAGGGACAAACAGAAGCACCCUCUACCACCACACGGCCAGGCUGCCCUGACGUUGUCGAGGUACUGUGCAUACUUGGUGGCCUACGAGCCGGGGCUCCUCCCGGACAAUGAGGCAUGGACGAAGAAGGUGUACAAGGACAUCAAGGGGGAGCUCAGCAGUUUCUUCCAGAGCUGUUGCAACACUGGUGACCGCCGUGAGCGUCUGGUGAAGUUCGGUCAAGGAGAAGAGGACGAGGAGAAGUCGGCCAUGGUGAAGGGUGUCAAGCUGGGGAAGCAGUUGGAGGCCACUAGCAGUAGCGGUGGUGACUUGCUUGAGGACGAGAGGGUGUGGGGGAUGCUACUCGAGUUCUGGGCAGAACUUCUCGUGUUCGUGGCGCGCAGGCCAUCGGCGGGCCCGGAGGCGCAUGCGCUGGCGCUGAGCAACGGCGGCGAGUUCAUCACCCACAUCUGGGCCAUGCUCACCCACGCCGGCGUGCAUGUCCCCAAGAACCACCAGGAUGAUCAGGUUCCAUCGUGCAACUGCCAUCCAGUUUGAUAACAGGCUCAGGAUCAAGGCCCAUCACAGCCGGUCUCAACAAAUUCGUUGCUUUUUUCUUGUUGUUUUGAAAAGAGUUGCAUAAUAAUACUUGUUGUUGUAAUUUAUUUUUGUUUUUUGAGAUGUUUUCUCUGAUUUAUACAAGUAUGAGCUGGUCGGCGUGAUAAUACUGUAAUGAGCCAGUUAGCAUAAUCAUGUAAUG